GGUGCAUUGGGGCUAUUUCGAAAAUGGGUAUAUUCCGAAAGUGCAAAAAAUCUACCAAACGCAGCAAUAUAUUCCUGCUGGCAACAUUAGGCAAAGCGCCAUCUUAGAUUUACUUGUCGCGACAGACGUUGCGAGUCGCUCGCGCUAACAUCACGCGAGUGUCAUCAAAUUAUUUAAGAGAAGUGAUUUCGCGCCGAAUUUUGGUGAUUCGGAAUAACCCCAAGAUAGUUUUCUCGAAAUCCUGAGUCAUCAUGCCUCGUACUUAUAUAAAAAAGAAAAAUAAAACAUACACUUCUCAAGAUUUAGCCACUGCCAUACAGAAAGUAAGAAAUGGGGAGCUUACCGCAUAUGCUGCAGCACAAAUGUACAAGAUUCCAAUGACCACUCUCCAUGACCAUGUCAAAACUAAAGAUACUCUUAGACAGAAUGCAGGUAGACCAACUGUUCUACCUGUAGAAGACGAAAAAAAGUUAGCAAGCACCAUCAUAGUCAUGGAGAAAUGGGGAUUUGGGCUCUCAAGAUCAGAAAUAUUGGAGAUUGUGGCUGAAUAUGUACGCGUAAACAAUAUUCAGACACCAUUUAAGAAUAACACGCCUGGACCAGAUUGGUUUAUCAACUUCCGAAAACGUCACGGUUUGUCUAUCAAAAAAGCACAACCCGUAGAAUAUGUGCGAAGAAAAAUGACAGAUCCAUUCGUCAUCGCUGAAUAUUUUGAUUUGCUGAAUAAGACCUUAAAAGAUUUAAGUCUUUUAGAAAAUCCAGAAUCAAUUUGGAAUUUGGACGAAACAUCGUUGUGUCUGGAUCCGACCAAAACAAAAGUGGUCGGAAAAAAAAAUAAACCAUGUGCAAGGACCACCUAUGGAAGUGGAAAGGAAAACAUCACUGUGUUAGCAGGAGCAAGUGCCAGUGGUAAAAAGUUGCCGCCUUUGAUUAUUUUCAAAGGAAAAUUUGUUUGGGACCAAUGGAUGGCUGAUCUUAAUAAAGAUGAUUACGAUUUCGAAUUAACAUAUGCUGCAAGUACUAAAGGUUGGAUGGAAUCAGAAAUUUUUCACAAUUAUUUUGAAAAAGUACUCAUCCCAAGUCUCGGCGAAAAGCGACCCGCCCUUAUAAUUUAUGACGGGCAUUCAACGCACGUCGAUGCCAGGGUUGUGGAGCUUGCGGUCCGAAACAAUAUAACUAUCAUCAAAUUACCCCCACAUACAUCACAUUUGUUGCAACCGCUUGAUAUAUCAGUAUUUAAAUCUUUCAAAGCAAUAUGGGAUGCAAAACUGGUCGAGUGGCAGAGAAGAAACGUUGGUACGAAAAUGCCAAAAAACGUUUUCGCAAAAACUAUGGCAGAUACUUGGCAACAAACGAACCCCGAAGUUAUAAAGAGUGGAUUUAAAAAGGCAGGAAUAUAUCCUUUCAAUGCAAAUGUCAUACCUAUUGAUAAAUAUGAUCCAGACGCUUAUCAAAGAUAUAAGAAAACUUUACUUACCCACACACUCAACCAGCCAAAGACACUCAAAGAAAUAUGCAUUGAAUCAUUCAACAAUCAGUUUGCAACAGCUAAUGAAACUAUAGAAAUAACAGACAAUAAUUACGUUGCCCUGCUAUCAGAACAAUCAAGAAAUAAUGCCCAAAUGUUGCCCUUUGAAGCCAGACACCCGAGCCAAGUACCCGUAUGUUUGCAGAAUUCUAUGCCAACUAAAUCUAAAAUAAAUAUUAUAUCAAACAUAGUCAUAAAGAAAGCAUCACAAAUACCACUUCAAUACCCAUCACAACUCGAACCAUCAGUCUCAUUUGAAGAACUACCUGAACAAUCAAGAAAUGAUACCCAAAUAUUGUCCUUUGAAGCCAGACACCCGAGCCAAGUACCAGCAUGUUUGCAGAAUUCGAAGCCAACAAAAUCUAAAAUAAAUAUAAUAUCCAACAUAGUAAUAAAGAAAGCAUCGCAAGUACCACUUCAAAACCCAUCACAACUCGAUCGAUCAGUCUCAUUUGAAGAAUUAUUGCUGCGAAAAAUUCAACAAGACAAAAAGAAUUGUGUUCCAACAAAAAAAAAACGUGUCACAAAAGGUGCGGAAGUAAUAACUGCAGAUUUAGGAAAGAAAAUUUUAGAAGAAGUGAAAGAAACGAAAAGUAAGAAAAUUGCAACUAAAACCAGUAAAGCUCAUGAUAAACGAAAACGUAAACGGGAACCUUCCUCUGAUACCACAAGUAUAUCCGAUAUCAUCAGUAAUCAUAGCGAUUCUGAUAUUAUUGAUUGUAUCGAUUUUGAAGACUUGGACGAUUGCGAAGAUAAUUUUAAUUUGUACCAGGAGGAGACAAGUUCACAGAAAUCAAGAAAAGAUAGGAAGUGUGUUAUAAACAUGAAAACCGAUAAAAAUAUAACCAAUGAAAAGGUACUCACUGACAAAACUACAAAUUAUGUAUGUUCUAAGAAAGGCAAAGGUAUUGGUAAAAAAAGCAAAGGUAAAGAAAAUCAAGUAGACAAGAAAAAAGAAAAGGAAGUGUUGACUUAUUUUGCAACAGACAAGGAAGACAUAAAUGAGCAGAUUGCAGAAUAUUCUAAUGAAAAACAAUGUGGUAUUCCAGAAAAGUGUCCCCUUCUAAAGGAAUGUUAUGAUAUAAAUGAUACAGUGCUUGUCAGAUAUUUCAUAAGAAACAAAUGGAAAUAUUAUGUUGGGUUCAUAGGAAAAAUAACCAAACAUGGAGAACAUUUUUACUACCUCAUUAACUUUUUGAAAACCACAAGACAACAGCAGCAUAUCACUUUUAUUGAACCUAAAAAGAAAGAUACUGACGAAAUUCCUGAGUCCUUACUAGUAAAGAAAAUAGAAUUACAAAAGAAAAUAGAUCAAGACAAAGAAUAUUACUUGAUCCAUGAUGAAGACACUAUUUAUUUCGACUGA